CUACUGCUGGGGACCUUCUCAAGAAUGAGCUCCAACAUGUUCCAAUUGUUUCUUCUGGGCAUAUCCGUAAUUCUCUUCAUGGGAGCCAGAGUCCUGACAUUUGAAUGGGUUCGGUUUUGCAAUCAUUGUGAUCAUUUUAAUGGAGCCCGUUGUCUUGGGGGCAUGAAAUCCUGCUGGAAGUUUAAUUUGUAUUUGACAAACAAGAGUUGUGCCACAAAUCACUAUUAUUAUAAUGACCGUUACACAGGUCUGUACCUAUUUCGUUAUACAACACUGACUUGCAAGCCUUGUGAAGCAGGAAUGUUCCAGGUGUUCCAUGACCUGUUGAGAGAAACCAGUUGCUGCAGCAAUGGAAACAGGUGUAAUGAUGGCAGAGAUAAUCAUGACAUUUCCAAACUAAUCAAGCCAGUGGAACAAGACUAUGAACAAGAAGCAGAAACUUAAGAUUUUCAGAUUGUAUCUCAUUGUAGUCUUGCUCUUUCCUUACCCAAAUGCGAAAUUACCAUCUUAGAUUUUGUAGUCUAAGGCCUAGACUCUAUUCCCAUCUCUAUUCCAGUAGAUCUGUCUACAGAAACUCAGUCUUUCUAGUGUGUGUGCACCCAAUAGGGAAAGGUAAGUCAUAGGUCCCAGAAACCCAGUUGUGCCUCUCAGCUGGAUUCUCUAGUCUUUCCUAUGUGGUGCUUUUUGACAAACCUACCCUUAAUUUCUAAAGCCUAACCUGGGCUAAAAAUCAAAAUUCUAAAGUCUAUUGCGGUGGGAGUAAAGUUAUUUUCUGAUACAGUUUCUAGGGGAACAUGAAGGGAACUUAGACUGCAUAGAAAUGCGAGGUCAAGAAACCACCAGGUAUGAGGAGAAAUAUUUGGGAGAUAAACGGAAGAGUUAUCUGGCAGGGGUUCUAGGAGGAGUUUGGGAAAGUCAGGGUGAAAUUAGGAUGUAUUCUCUAAUUUAUGUGAAAGGAAGCAAGGAUCCAAGUACUUGACAUGAGAGUAAUACAGCUUGUGAACAUUGUUGGAAAAUUGCUGACCGCUGCUACUACUUAUGACACCAUUCUGGGCCAUUGUGUUUCCAGUCAUCCUUCUUUACUGUCAUGGCCAAAGCUAAAUAUAUCAGGACAGCACUUGUCUGGACAUUAGCUAAUUACUCUACCUUUUGAUGUGAUAGCUACACAAUCCUCAGAAAU